AUGCCAGCAAUAAGAAAAAGUAAGAAAGUAAAGGCAACUAGCAAGCAAUAUGAAACUCGAUCGGUUAGCAAGAAGCGUUCAAAAACAAUUGAAAUAAUUGAAGAGGAUGUUGAUACAAAAAAGAUUGAGGAUCUAAAGCUUGUUGCCAGUUUCAUCAAUUGGUCGAAUUAUGAAAAAAUGUUGGGAAGGAUUUUUUAUGAUAAAGUUGGGAAGAUUCUGGAGCAAAAAGUGGAUGAAUUUCAAAAGAUUAAAACUGAGCUGAAGACUUUUAUACGCGAAAAUUAUGCUAAUCAGAAGGCUUUGCAAACGCCAAAAAGGGCCAAGCCAGCCACUGCUUUACUUGAACAAAUUAGCAAAUUCAAACAACUGAAUUUUGAUUCGGAUGAUGAAUAUUUGGAGGAUACAACACUUUUGGAUCAGCCUGAGCAGUUAAAAGAAAAUGAAGAAGAACAGAAGGAGAAAGAACCUCCAACUGAUCCGACUGUCGAAGGACACAUUUUUGAUGAAGAAUUUUCUGUUAAUCAAGAAGAAAUCGAAGAAGAGCCUUCACAGGAGCAGAUCGAGCAAGAGCCUCCUAAUGAGCCGGAGCCUUCUGUUGAGCAAGAAAAAGAAGUUUUAGAAGAAGAAAUGGAGGAAGAGCCUCCACAGGCACUGAUGGAAGAAGCGCCUCCUAAUGAGCCUGAACCUUCUUUUGAGCAAGAAGAUAGAAGCAUUUUAUUUGUGCCAGAGACUCCUUUUGCGUCUCGCGCACCUAUCAAUGCUUCAUCAGGCGGGGUUUCUUCAACUCCAGCUACUCCAUGCAGUCCAAAAUUGAAGAUGCUGGGAACUCCAAAAGAAAUUGUUGGCUCAAUGAGGAAGUUGGCAAUUACAAAUGAACUUGUGAAAAGUGCCCAACAAGCAAUUCAAAUGCCUCCUAUUCUUCGUCUUACUCCAAAUGUUGUUGCUACACCAAAAAAGAUCCAAUCCAAGUUUCCAACAAAGAUUCCAGUUAAAACGCCUGUGGCUCUCAAUAAGACGUUGCAGAAGGUACACAAAUUGAAACAAAUAGACGAAAAAGCAGAUCAGGCGAAGAGAGCUCGUGAAGAUUUGUUAAAAGAGAAGGCGGAUCGGGCAAAGAGGUUUUUUUCUAUUUUAUUUAUUUUUAAGACUUAUUUUGAGAAAGUUUUUGUGUUUAUAAGCUUUUCCUUUUUUCUUUGUGUGUUAAACAAUGAAGGAUGA